UGCGUGGAGCAAUGUUUUCAUGCGUACGCAGGGCUCGCGCUCCGUCCGCUCGUCACAGUGCCAUGGCGCCCGUGAUGUGUGUGGUGAAGGAGGGCUCGUCGUAGCUGCAACCCGCCCGGUGUGAAGAGCAUCCAGCCGCGGUCCGUUCCAGUCCUGCCCUGAAUCGGAACCCUCUCCGGACCGGCCAUGACCGUGGAGCAGAAUGUCCUCCAGCAGCACUCUCAGAAGCAUCAGCAGACUCUACUAAACCAGUUGAGGGAGGUCACUGGCACCACAGACGUUCAGCUGCUUCAGCAGGCCCUGCAGGUGAGCAAUGGAGACCUGGCCGAGGCCGUGGCCUUUCUGACCGAGAAGAACCCCAAGGUCCCCCAGCAGGAUGAGACCACGUACUACCAGACGUCGCAGGUUUCCAGCGACAGAUACAUCAGCGUGGGCAGCCAGGCGGACACCAACGUGAUCGAUCUGACUGGCGACGAUAAGGAUGACCUGCAGAGGGCCAUCGCCCUCAGCCUGGAGGAGUCCAACCGCGCCUUCCGGGAGACGGGCAUCACCGACGAGGAGCAGGCCAUCAGCAGAGUCCUGGAAGCCAGCAUCGCCGAGAACAAGGCGAGUCUGAAGAGGACGCACACAGAGGUGUGGAGCGACUCCCCCAACCCGUACGACAGGAAGAGAGUCGACAACUGCCCCGUGGGGCUGAAAAAUGUGGGCAACACCUGCUGGUUCAGCGCCGUCAUACAGUCUCUCUUCAACUUGCUGGAGUUCCAGAGGCUGGUGCUCAACUACUCCCCCCCGGCCCGAGUCCACGACCUGCCCCGCAACCAGAAGGAGCACAGGAACCUGCCCUUCAUGCAGGAGCUGAGGAACCUCUUCUCCCUCAUGGUGGGCUCCAAGAGGAAAUACGUGGACCCGUCUCGAGCUGUGGAAAUCCUCAAAGACGCCUUCAAGUCCAGCGAGUCGCAACAGCAGGAUGUGAGCGAGUUCACCCACAAGUUGCUGGACUGGCUGGAAGACGCCUUCCAGAUGAAGGCUGAAGAGGACAGGGAGGGCGAGAAGCCAAAGAACCCCAUGGUGGAGCUCUUCUACGGCCGCUUCCUCGCCGUCGGCGUCCUGGAAGGGAAGAAGUUCGAGAACACGGAGAUGUUCGGCCAGUACCCGCUGCAGGUGAACGGGUUCAAGGACCUCCACGAGUGCCUGGAGGCCGCCAUGAUCGAGGGCGAGAUCGAGUCGCUGCACUCGGCCGAGAACUCGGCCAGAUCCGGGCAAGAGCACUGGUUCACAGAGCUCCCUCCCGUGCUGACCUUUGAACUCUCCAGGUUCGAGUUCAACCAGGCGCUGGGCCGACCGGAGAAGAUCCACAACAAGCUAGAGUUCCCCUGCAUGCUCUACAUGGACAGAUACAUGGACAGGAACAGAGAAAUCACCCGGAUCAAGAGGGAGGAGAUCCGGCGGCUGAAGGAGCACCUGACGCUGCUCCAGCAGCGACUGGAGAGGUAUCUGAGUUACGGUUCCGGCCCCAAGAGGUUUCCUCUGGCAGACGUCCUCCAGUACGCCAUGGAGUUUGCCUCCAGUAAGCCCGUCUGCACCUCGCCGGUGGACGACAUCGACACGUCGGCGCCCCCCGGUGGCACAACGGGUCAGCCGCUUCCGCCGCCAAGCACAGCCGAGCAGGACUCCCCGUCCCCGCUGGAGAGCUCCGCCCCCGCCUCAGGUCCCGCCGCCGCCCCCGCCGCCGCCCAGCAGCAGAGAGUCCCCAUCCACAAGCCUUUCACCCAGUCCCGGCUGCCCCCCGACCUGCCCAUGCACCCCGCCCCGCGCCACAUCACCGAGGAGGAGCUGAGAGUGCUGGAGAGCUGCCUGCACCGCUGGAGGAGCGAGGUGGAGAACGACACCCGCGACCUGCAGGGCAGCAUCACCAGAAUCCACAGAACCAUCGACCUGAUGUACUCCGACAAAUCCAUGAUGCAGGUCCCGUACCGGCUUCACGCCGUGCUGGUCCACGAGGGCCAGGCCAACGCGGGACACUACUGGGCCUACAUCUACGACCCGCACCAGCGCUGCUGGAUGAAGUACAACGACAUCUCGGUCACCAAGUCGUCCUGGGAGGAGCUGGUCCGCGACUCCUUCGGGGGCUACCGCAACGCCAGCGCCUACUGCCUCAUGUACAUCAACGACAAGAAGCCAUUUCUCAUAGAAGAGGAGUUCGACAAGGAAACGGGCCAAAUCCUCAGCGGCAUGGACAAGCUGCCCCCGGACCUGAAGCACUACGUGAAGGAGGACAACGAGCAGUUCGACAAGGAGAUGGAGGAGUGGGACACGCUGCAGGCCCGCAAGGCCCAGCAGGAGAAGCUGGCUCUGGCCACGGCCGCCGCCGCCGCCGCCGCCGCAGCAGCCGCCGCCUCGGCGGCAUCCAGCACCUCCACCUCCUCCUCCUCGCCUCAGCCCAUGAGCACCGAGUCCAGCCCUCCAGACAACGCAGCCCCCCAGCAGGACCCGGAGUACAUGGAGCAGCCGUCGCCCACCAACGACUCCAAGCACCUGCAGGAGGACACGGAGCGAGCCAUCUCCAGAGCUGCAGCCGAGCAGGAGGAGAGGAGCCCCGAGGCGCUGCUCAACGCUCAUGUCUGCCCUCCGACCUCCGCCCUCCCUGCUCCACCUGUCCCGUUGCCUCCGCCUCACCCCCCCCUGGCCCCCGAGGCCCCGGCGGGCCCUCCCCCUUCUGACGACCCCCCCCGGCCAGCGCACCGUGGAGGUGGCCAUCCCCCACGUGGGAACCUUUGUGAUCGAGUCAGAGGAGGGGGGGUACGACGACGAGGUAGCCCCGCCCCCGGCGCCGUCUCUCGCCUCUGGACAAUGAUGACCCCCAGUAUGCAGGGUAUUAUUAUGGCCAUUGGCAAAACCCACAGCGUGUUUGAAAAGAACGGGCCCGAGGCCGCCUUCUUCAAGGCCAUCAAGCUGGAGUACGCCCGGCUGGUGCGGUUCGCCCAGGAAGACACGUCGCCCGAGAACGACUACAGGCUGCAGCACGUCAUCGUCUACUUCAUCCAGAACCAGGCGCCCAAGAGGAUCCUGGAGCGGACGCUGCUCACGCAGUUCGCCGACCGGAACCUGGCGUUCGACGAGCGGUGUAAGAGCAUCAUGAACGUGGCGCGUGCCAAACUGGACCAAAUCAAGCCCGAGGAGGUCAACAUGGACGAGUACGAGAUGUGGCAUCAGGACUACAGGAACUUCCGGGAGACGACCGUCUUCAUGAUGACGGGGCUGGAGCUCUUUCAGAAAACCAACUACGUGGAGGCGCUCAUGUAUCUGAUCUACGCCUACCAGUACAACAAGGAGCUGCUGUCCCGGGGUCUGUACCGGGGCCACGACGACGAGCUGCUGGGCCACUACCGGCGCGAGUGUCUGCUGAAACUGAACGAACAAGCGGCCGCCAUGUUCGAGUCGGCCGAGGAGCCCGAGGUGUCGACGGGCCUGGGCAUCAUGAACGAGCUGGUGGUGCCCUGCAUCCCGCUGCUGCUGGUGCACGACGCCGAGCGCGACCUGCUGGCCGUGGAGGACAUGAGGAACCGCUGGUGCUCCUACCUGGGCCAGGAGAUGGAGGCGAACCUCCAGGAGAAGCUGACCGACUUCCUCCCAAAGUUACUGGACUGCUCCACAGAGAUCAAAAGCUUCCACGACCCGCCCAAGCUGCCCUCCUACUCCACCCUGGAGCUGUGCGAGCGCUUCGGCCGCGUGGUGGCGGCGCUGGGCCGGCUGGCGCCCGCCGAGGGGAGAUGAGCCCCCCCCACCUCCCCUCCCCUCCCCUCCCCUCCCGACGGGCUCCGAUCCAUGGACCUCUCUUAACCCACGCCUUCCUUAUCAAUCCAGGGGUCACUCGCUUCUAGCUGUUACUCCUCUGUUACUCCUUUGCUGCUAUCGGUUUUAUUAUUCUGAAUAUUAUUUCACUUUAUUUUAAGCAGAACUCGCAGAAAGAGGUGGGGUCGGGGGGGGGGGGGGGGGGGGGGGGGACAAAAACGAUUCAACAGGGAGACGAGAAGCUCGUUCUGCUUCAGCUUCGCAUCAAAAUAAACAAAAACAGUUUUGAGGGUUUUUUCAUAGUUUAUUCUCGUUGUCGCCGUUUGAUUGGAGCAUCCCUCCCUGGCCACGCCCCUUUCAUAAGCCCCUCCCCCAGCCCUGCCCCCCCCGCUGCUCUGCCUCCCGUUUGGUACAGUAUUACCACCAUUUGUUUUAUUUUUCUAAGGAAGGAAGCGAAGGGGUCUCCUGUCUGCUGGACUGAGCGACAUGUUUAAAGUGCUGUGGUAGACGGCCGCGGCCUUCCUGCGGCUUGUUAAUAAACUGAGAGAAUAAAAUUUUAUUUAUGGCCCUUUUAGGCCAAGUAAACA